GCAGUGAAGGCAGAGAAAGAGCAACGGCAGAAAUCAGGUUGAUGCCUGGAAAGCAACCAUUAUAUAUAGGCCUUUGAUACUUCUACUCUUUGCUGCCUGGCUCACGCUAUUGCAUAAUUCCUAGAUCCUGUUGCUUUUGGUGUUGCAUCAGCUUGCCAUGGACAGAGGAGCAGGUGCUCCCAUGGAUGCAAGCCAGAAUGAGUGGGAUUGGGAGGUCCUGCCUGACCACAGGCGCUUCUCCAUCGGCCGUGGAAGCAACAACCUUGAUGAUGAUCAAGAAACCAUGGAACCUGUUAUUAUGCCUCCAUCAGUAGAUCCUGAUGUGCAAAACAAGACCGUCGAUGAGUGCAAGGACAUCGGCGUCGUGCCGGAUGAGACUAACCCAAGCACAGAGGAAUCCAUGCCUAACGUGACCGAUCCGUUGGCCUCUGACGGAGAGGAGGGAGAGAAGACGUUCCAGAGCUCUGAUGCUAAGGAGCCUAACGAUGACAAAUUUUCUGAAGAGGAAGAAGAUACCAAGAAAGACAGCAAGGCGCCGCCAGAGUGCGUGGUUUUCAGCGUGGGGAAGCUGAAGGUGAACGGGAUCGGGGCGCUGUGCUCGUUCGGGUUCGCGGCCGCCACCGUCUGCAUCUUCCUGAUCGGUGGCAGGCUGCAGCACCACCACAGGCAGCCGCGGAAGAUCCAGUUGCAGUUAUAUGGUGAUGAUAAGAGAAUCCAGCAGGUUGUGCAGCAGACCUCAAAGCUGAACCAGGCCAUGUCAUCUGUGAUGGGAGCAGGAACUUCAACAAGGGCGAACAUAUCAUUUGGUGGCUUUUACGAUGGGUUCUGAUCGAUUAGAACGAGUAUGAUCAAGUGCAAGUUGCCAUAGUAGCAGGUAGCAACUUAGAUAUGCUACGGCCAAGUGGUCUGAAACUCGGAAUGUAUACUACCACUUAUAUACCUGCACAUACUGUAUAUUGGAUGUAAAUAAUUGGGUUCUUAGUCUUAGACCUUGGUUUACGUACAGAUGAGGAUGGAUUAUAGGAUUGUUUAAGUUGGUAGAUAAGGAGCAGAGACUAUUUGUCUUGCGCCGAAAUAGGUUAAUACUUAAUGGAGAAGUUUCUAAUUAAA